AGGAGAGCACGAUCUGCUGGAGGAAGCGCAGCUGCCGCGCCACCACCACGAAGACACAGUAGGCUCCGGGCACGAGGAGAGCUGGAGACCGAGCUCCCUAGUGUGGGUAACCUGGGAAGCAGAGGGUAAAAAGUGGCGCCUUACGAUAACCCUGUAGCAGCAGCAGUGGCGGUCAAAGGAGGCUGCUCGUGGCGUAAGCAGCUGUAGGAGUCUCUGGGGCAAUUGGAGUGACCGACGCCAAGGCAUUUCACUGCCUCUCGUGUUCUUAUUUUUUAACCUCUGACUAUGCAGUUCUGAAACCUCCCCCAUUCGGGGGACCAGACAGCCCGAUAGACACCUUCCACUCUCCUCCCGCCCUGGUCUCAAAGAACAGAUCUCUCCUUAACGCCUUUCACCAUUAAGAGGAAAGCGAUGGAGGAGCUGAGCGCUGAUGAGAUCUGAUGUAGCUGUGCUGUUUAUUCAUACCGUUUGGGUGAAACAGAGCCCUGAGCCAAAGGAAAACAGCGUCUGAGCCUAAAAGGGAGGUGGACAGAACAAAAGGAUGGCGGAAACUUGGAGGCUGAAGCUACAAAAAAAACAAUGACUGUUUACUGUGUGUCAGAUCCGACGGAGGCGCCUGGCACGACUUGCUGGUGGACAGACCUCCCAGCCAAACACCCCGCUCACCUCUCCCCAGAGGGAGAGCCCUCCGGGGCCUCCUGUAGCAGCCUCAGCCCCGGGCCCGUCCCAGAGUCUUGGUCUCAAUGUCCACAACAUGACCCCAGCUACCUCCCCCAUAGGUGCAUCAGGAGUAGCCCAUCGAAGCCAGAGCAGUGAAGGAGUCAGUUCUCUCAGCAGCUCGCCCUCCAAUAGCCUUGAAACACAAUCUCAGUCUCUCUCACGUUCCCAGAGCAUGGAUAUCGAUGGAGUCUCUUGUGAAAAAAGCAUGUCCCAGGUGGAUGUGGAUUCAGGAAUUGAAAAUAUGGAAGUUGAUGAAAAUGACCGAAGAGAAAAAAGGAGCCUCAGCGAUAAGGAGCCUUCAUCAGGUUCUGAAGUGUCUGAAGAACAGGCCUUACAGCUGGUCUGUAAGAUCUUCCGUGUCUCCUGGAAGGACCGGGACAGAGAUGUCAUCUUUCUUUCUUCUCUUUCUGCACAAUUUAAGCAGAACCCAAAAGAAGUGUUCUCUGAUUUUAAGGACUUGAUUGGCCAGAUUUUAAUGGAAGUGCUAAUGAUGUCCUCUCAGACUAGAGAUGAAAACCCAUUUGCCAGUCUGACAGCCACGUCCCAGCCAAUUGCAGCAGCAGCUCGGUCGCCAGACAGAAGUCUCAUGCUAAAUACCGGCUCCAAUCCGGGAACGAGCCCCAUGUUCUGCAGCGUGGGUUCCUUCGGUGCCAGCUCUUUAUCUAGCCUCUAUGAGACUAGCCCAGCUCCCAGCACGGGUGUCUGGAGCUCUGUGCCAAUGAUGAGUAUGCCUCUGGCGCCCCCGCCCCGGGCAGCCAGCCAGGCGUCCGCUCCUCCCGCUUCCCUCAGCCCUCACGGCGCAGCUGCGGGGACACCUGCGGGAAGCCAGCCCUCGUCUCCGCGGUACCGGCCCUACACUGUCACCCACCCCUGGGGGUCGUCAUCUUCUGCCCCGCGGUCCUCGGGCAGCUCCAUCCCGUCGAGCUCCCCAGGCCCGCCCACCCCAGCUAGUAGCCCUCGAGCCGCGCCGGCCAGCUCCUCCCGACAGAGGCCCACCGGCGCGGGGCCGCCUUUACUGUCCGCCUCAGCCGGUGCGGGUGCCGUGAGCAGGCGGCCCUCCUCCCUCAGGAGCUCUCCUAGUAUGUACGACAGUCCUUUCUCCUUCCUCUUCCUCGCACUUUCUGGGGACAGUAGUGAUGAAGAUGGAGAAGAAGAUGAUGAUGGUGGUGAUGAUGAGUUUUCUUGUGUCCAGUUUGGGUCCAGUUUGGGAGCCUCUGGUGGGGCAAGUACUUGGGAUUCCUACAGCGACCAUUUCACCAUUGAGACGUGCAAAGAGACAGAUAUGCUGAACUACCUCAUCGAGUGUUUUGACCGAGUUGGAAUAGAGGAAAAAAAAGCACCGAAGAUGUGCAGCCAGCCAGCAGUCAGCCAGCUUCUGAGCAACAUCCGCUCACAGUGCAUAUCCCAUACUGCAUUAGUACUACAAGGGUCCCUCACACAACCAAGGUCCCUGCAGCAGCCGUCCUUCCUGGUGCCGUACAUGCUGUGUAGGAAUCUCCCAUACGGCUUCAUUCAAGAACUAGUGAGAACGACUCACCAGGAUGAAGAAGUGUUCAAGCAGAUCUUUAUCCCCAUUUUACAAGGCCUGGCUCUUGCUGCCAAAGAGUGCUCCCUCGAUAGUGACUACUUUAAAUACCCCCUCAUGGCUUUAGGUGAGCUCUGUGAAACCAAGUUUGGAAAGACACACCCUGUGUGCAAUUUGGUUGCUUCUUUGCCUUUGUGGUUGCCUAAAUCAUUAAGCCCUGGCUCUGGGCGGGAGCUGCAGAGACUCUCGUAUUUGGGGGCUUUCUUUAGCUUCUCAGUCUUUGCAGAGGAUGAUACAAAAGUGGUUGAAAAAUAUUUCUCAGGGCCUGCCAUUACCCUGGAAAACACUCGUGUGGUGAGCCAGUCACUGCAGCAUUACUUGGAGCUGGGAAGGCAAGAGCUUUUCAAGAUUCUGCAUAGUAUUCUGUUAAACGGAGAAACCCGUGAGGCUGCUCUUGGUUACAUGGCAGCUGUCGUCAAUGCCAAUAUGAAGAAAGCGCAGAUGCAGACGGAUGAUAGAUUGGUAUCUACAGACGGAUUGAUGCUGAAUUUCCUUUGGGUGCUGCAGCAGCUAAGCACAAAGAUCAAGUUAGAGACGGUCGACCCCACGUACAUAUUCCACCCGAGGUGUCGGAUUACUCUUCCCAGCGAUGAGACGAGAGUGAAUGCAACGAUGGACGACGUGAAUGACUGGCUGACUGAACUUUAUGGAGAUCAGUCUCCGUUUUCUGAGCCGAAAUUCCCUACGGAAUGCUUCUUUCUUACCCUGCACGCCCACCAUCUCUCAAUUCUGCCGGGUUGCCGACGCUACAUCCGCAGACUCCGGGCCAUCCGGGAGCUCAACAGAACUGUGGAAGAUUUGAAAAACAAUGAAAGCCAAUGGAAAGACUCCCCACUGGCAGCUAGACACCGUGAAAUGCUGAAGCGCUGCAAAACUCAGCUUAAGAAACUGGUACGAUGCAAGGCCUGUGCUGAUGCUGGUUUACUUGACGAGAGCUUCCUGAGAAGAUGUCUGAAUUUUUACGGCCUUCUCAUUCAGCUGCUGCUGCGCAUCCUGGACCCUGCCUAUCCCGAUGUCACACUGCCUUUAAGUUCAGAUGUCCCCAAGGUAUUUGCAGCAUUGCCUGAGUUUUAUGUAGAAGAUGUUGCUGAAUUUUUAUUUUUUAUUGUACAAUACUCUCCUCAGGUGCUUUAUGAGCCCUGUACUCAGGAUAUUGUGAUGUUCCUCGUUGUGAUGUUGUGUAACCAGAACUACAUCCGAAAUCCAUAUCUGGUCGCCAAACUCGUGGAAGUCAUGUUUAUGACUAACCCUGCUGUUCAGCCACGGACCCAGAAGUUUUUUGAAAUGAUUGAGAACCAUCCUCUCUCCACCAAGCUGUUGGUCCCUUCCCUGAUGAAGUUUUAUACAGAUGUUGAGCAUACCGGAGCCACCAGCGAGUUCUAUGACAAGUUCACCAUUCGCUAUCAUAUUAGCACCAUUUUUAAAAGCCUUUGGCAAAAUAUAGCUCACCAUGGCACCUUUAUGGAGGAGUUCAAUUCCGGGAAGCAGUUUGUCCGCUAUAUAAACAUGCUGAUAAACGACACGACAUUUUUGCUCGAUGAAAGCCUGGAGUCUCUGAAGCGGAUCCAUGAAGUGCAAGAAGAGAUGAAGAACAAAGAACAGUGGGACCAGCUGCCCCGGGAUCAGCAGCAGGCCCGCCAGUCCCAGCUCGCUCAGGAUGAGCGCGUUUCACGCUCUUAUCUUGCCCUGGCGACAGAAACCGUGGACAUGUUCCAUAUCCUCACCAAGCAGGUCCAGAAGCCAUUCCUCAGACCUGAACUCGGACCCCGAUUGGCUGCGAUGCUGAACUUUAAUCUUCAGCAACUCUGUGGUCCUAAGUGCCGUGACCUGAAAGUUGAAAACCCUGAGAAAUAUGGCUUUGAACCAAAGAAGCUGUUGGACCAACUGACGGAUAUUUACUUGCAGCUGGACUGUGCCCGGUUCGCUAAAGCCAUUGCUGACGACCAGAGAUCCUACAGCAAAGAAUUGUUUGAAGAAGUUAUUUCGAAGAUGCGGAAGGCAGGGAUCAAAUCCACAAUAGCGAUAGAGAAGUUUAAACUUCUGGCUGAGAAGGUGGAGGAGAUCGUGGCCAAGAACGCACGUGCAGAAAUCGACUACAGUGACGCCCCAGACGAGUUCAGAGACCCUCUGAUGGACACCCUGAUGACUGACCCCGUGCGGCUGCCCUCUGGCACUAUCAUGGACCGCUCCAUCAUCCUGCGGCACUUGCUGAACUCCCCCACGGACCCCUUCAACCGACAGACGCUGACAGAGAGUAUGCUGGAACCAGUGCCGGAACUGAAAGAACAGAUUCAUACCUGGAUGAGAGAGAAACAGAACAAUGAUCAUUAAAGCAUCCCCCUUGCCCACCCUCUGCGAGAAACGGCCAAGGCCAGCAAGGCAGGCAGGAGCAGCAUCGGUGGUGCAAAUGCUGUUCACAUGUUGGAGGCCAGAAGUGGCAAAAUACACCAAGAGCCCACCCAGAGUGACCAAACAGUGGAGACCUGAAAGGACAUGAAUAAGAAGAGGAGCCCAAUUCCUGUACAUAUAUUUAAGUGACAGACGUGGUCAAAAGCUUGAGGGAUACGUUUUAUGAUUGCUUGUGUAAUAGAGCACGUCCUUCAUAUGUCACAAUUCGGGGCUUUUGCUACGGAAGUCUUUUAGUGAUUGAUGACGAAUGGGUCUGGGCAGCAUCCCCUUCAUCUUUUUUUUUUUUUUUUUUUUUUUUUUCCUAAAUCCAAUAUCCAUUGAUUUUGAUUGUGAUUAGAGAACCUUGGACAUUUUGCUGCUAAGAAUCUUCCCCCCGCCCCCCGCCGGCCCCAUCCUGAUCCUACUUGCACUGCUGUGGAUUUUUUUUAAGAGAAGCAAAAACAAAAAUAAACUCUUUUCCCUGGCCCUCCAAACAUAUAUUCUGUGAGAUAACUGUGCCUGCAACAAAGUGUUAAUCCUGGGAUCGUAUUUUUAUAUCAUAUUCACAUAUUUGUUUUUUUAAUUGGUGUUAGAUGACAUGAUUAAUAAAAAAGGCAAGAUAUUUUCA